AGCAUUUAGAUUUGUGCACUGUUUGAAACGAAUGGGCUGUCAAUGAAUGAUGCUCAUAUAGUGCUGCAAUGACAGAUGCUCCUUAUUGUGCUUGUUCUGGGUAUAAUGGUUCUCUCGCUUUGAUUUUUUUGGAUUUCGCUCGUUUUGAACAGUUCUUUUUCUGCGUCACAAUUCUUUCUUAAGUUGACCAGCUUUAGUUGAAUGGUAAAAAAACAAACAUUAGAAUUACAAGGGUUCUAAAGCAACGUUAAGUGAUACUAUGGUGCUUGGUCCAGUUAAUGGAUGCCUCUUAGAUAGUGUGCCACUAUUUGCUGUUUAAUUUCGCCAUAUACGAAGCAUUUGUCCCAGCUCCUUUCGAACAGUUUCGAUAUAAAAGUGGCUUUUUGUUCAAAUUCACUGCGGUGGUAGUCCUUUGCUUCUGUACAAACAAACAACGUGCACAUUACCCAACUAGAAUCGACUGUUUUAAAGCUUGGCUUUUACAAAAAAUACGUAGAUUAAAGAUUUAUUUUUUAAACGGAGACUUUCAAAAUAAACAUUACGAAAUACAUUCAAUUACUUUCGUUCUUGGGGCAUUCCAGUAAGUUUGUGCCCUUUGUUAGAAGCGGUUUAAACCUGUUCAGAAACUGGAUGUGGAGAGGGGGUUGUGCGGACAAGCCUCUGCUUUCUGAUUGGUGGAUGUACUCGUGUGUGUCGAAUGACCUCAUACCUUUGCAGAAGUGUCAAGCCUGUAUUGCAACUUAGUUGCAGCUGUGUGGCUUUGCAAAAGGCCCGUUUACGCUGUGUUUGAUGCCUUCUCUGUAUUGCAUCACAUUAGGAGAUCUUAAACCGUUUGGGGAGAUAUUAAAUAUCCCAAUAACAAGUCGUAACACCACGAGAAAAAAAAAACUGCAAUGCCACUGGUUACGAUUUUUUAGAAAGAGAGGGGAACGAAACGAACCUUUUUUUCGUCAUUUCAACGAUUCAAGUGGACCAUUUGUUUCAUUAUGACACUUUUUUUUCUGUAACAUGUACACUGAAUAUGUAGCCAUGUACUUAAGCAUGUAACCAAUAAAUGUAAAUAAAUGUAAGUGUAUUUCUGUCUGUGUAGUUAUUUAAAUGUAAGAUGAACUUGGUUUGUGUAUGUCUGGAAACAUAUUCUCUGUUUAUCUAUUUCUCUUUGAAACCAUGCUGCACUACACAUGCUUGUACCUUAUGGGGGCGUUCUAAACCAGCUCAGCCAACUGAAAGCCUACUAGUAAUGUAUGCAUGAGGAAAUCCGGCUGAGGGCGGCUGCUUACACCGGUUUGGUCCGGUCUCUUCUAGCUCUUGGCUGCCUUUGAGCCUCAGCCUGGUGGUUGUUUAGAGCUGUACUGCUGUUGUUUAGGCUGUGCUGGAUUGCUGAGGUGGCAGCAAAAUAACAGAGAGAGGAUAAUCUAGGAGAUGAUGACAACUGUGAAGAGGGCUUCACUGUUCUUCACUCAGGGCGCCAUGAGUACCCCUUCAGCUUAGAACUCCCUCAGACGCCUCUGGCAACAUCAUUUGAAGGGAAACAUGGCAGUGUGCGCUACUGGGUGAAGGCUGAAUUGCACAGACCCUGGCUCCUGCCCAUGAAAGUGAAGAAGGAGUUCACUGUCUUUGAGCAUAUUGACAUCAACACUCCCCUGUUGCUGUCACCCCAGGCUGGCACAAAAGAAAAAACACUUUGCUGCUGGUUCUGCACCUCAGGGCCUGUUUCACUAAGUGCUAAAAUUGAGAGGAAAGGCUACACUCCAGGAGAAUCCAUCCAAAUCUUUGCUGAGAUUGAGAAUUGCUCCUCCCGAGUGGUUGUGCCAAAAGCAGCCAUCUACCAAACCCAAACCUUCUAUGCCAAAGGGAAGAUAAAGGAGAUCAAACAGCUUAUUGCUAACCUCCGUGGAGAUCCUCUACCAUCCGGCAGAACUGGAACUUGGGAUGGCAAGAUGUUGAAAAUUCCCCCCGUCUCCCCUUCUAUCCUAGACUGUGGUAUUAUCCGUGUGGAAUAUUCCCUCAUGGUGUAUGUGGACAUCCCUCGUGCUGUGAAUCUGACUCUAAACCUACCCUUGGUAAUUGGCACCAUACCACUACACCCUUUUGGCAGUCGCACAUCUUCUGUCAGCAGCCAGUGCAGCAUGGCCAUGAGCUGGCUGGGAAUGUCCUUGCCUGAGAGGCCUGAAGCCCCACCAAACUAUUCUGAAGUUGUCACAGAUGAGCAACAUCAGAACAAUUUUGAGCUCAAUGCAGUGAGAGAUGAACUAGAGGGAUCACUGUUUGCUUACAUUCAGGAGUUCCGCUUUCAGCCUCCUCCCCUGUACUCUGAGAUUGAUCCCAAUCCAGAGCAGGCAAUCAUCACUCAGGACAGAAGAUCUGAUGUCUGUCCAUCUCGCUGAAGGAAGAACAGAGCUUGACCAGUGAUGUCAGGGGUUUCAUAUCUGUUGAGCUUAAACCCACAACUGGGGUUUGUUCUUCCACAAAGAGACAUGAGGAACCAGACUGCUUUGUGCUGUAGAAGUUUGCCUUCUAGGAGAUAUGGCAAAGUGUGCCCUCCUGGUUCUGAGGUAGCCCCUCUGAUCAAAUGAAGCCGAGUGACCACGAAAGCUGCUGGAGGUCUCAAGUUAAUCCUCUCAUGCAUCCAAGGUGACUGGGCACCAAACGCAAGUUGAAGGUGUAAGGCUGAGCCCAUUAAAUUGGGAUGGACUGAAAGGAAAUCCACAGUGCUCUAAGUCAGUGGCCCAAAGUAUCAGGUCUUGAUCAUCAUUGUUUGCUGUUUGAAUGUAAUUUCCAAAUCAGCAUGGUGAAGUGUCAGUGCCUGUAUAUACUGGAACAAGACUACUGGCAUUAUACCCUGUAAUUUCAUUACUGAAAGCCACAAGUUGUACUGUACUAAAAAGCAAAAGGUGUUAGUCUGUAUAGGUCUACUCAGUGGCAAGAGGAAUAAGUGGUGGCGUUGCAUCUUUCUGAGUUUGAAUUAUGAGGCAUUUUGUGAAUGAUAUUCUGAUGUUCACUUUUCAGAAAUGACUGAGGUUGCUUGACAAAACAAAACCUGCUGUAUGUGGUGAGAUUAGUUCUGGCAUGCUUGUAAGUACAGGACAUGCACUGAACAGUGGAUCACCUACUGCCUAUAAAGGGCUUACUUUUAGACGGUUUGCUCAUUUGCCAAACGGUCUCUUAGUCUCUCUCCCAGUCAUGCGACCCUGCACUAUUUGAAGUGGUGAACAAAUAUCACCAGAAAGACUAAAGAGUGUGUACAGAGAUGCAAGAGGAAUUACUUUCACCCCCACCCCUUUUCAUAUACUCCAACUGCUCUUGGCAUAAAAGUCAAUGGAGCUGACCUCAGACCUCUUUUGUCAGUUUAAGUAAUACAAAUUAAAUGAGUGUCACAUUUGUUUUCAAACUCAUUUAAUCUUGAUGAUGGCCUGUGACAGCAUGACCACAUUGGCCUAAUAAUUAUUAAUAAUUAGCACUUUUCACUGAAGAACAGCUGAAGUCUGAAGAAUAGCAUAUAGCUGACCUUAGCAAAUAUUAUGCCAGAACAAGCAGAAAAAAGUUGGACAAAUGAUUUUGCUAAGAAGUGUACAGGUGUAGUGCAUAUUAACAGGUGCCCUCAAGUUGCUUAUUUCUUUUGAGCGAUGGAACAUAGUUCUGUGGCUUUGGCAUAAAUUAAUAUAGUUUUCUUUUUGUCUAUUGUAGUUUUCCUAAUCUUUCCAGAUUUAAAUUCAUGCUUUUUGUCUUGUGAUUGUAUUUAUCUGGUUGAAAGGGAAUAUCCUGUGUUAAGUGUACACAGAGAAACUUGCGUCCAUUUUGCUAUAUAUGAUCAAAUGACUUAGCAUAUACCAUUGUAUAGGACCCUCUCCUCUUAACAUUCUAUUAAAUGCACUUCCAGGUAAUAAGGAAAUUCACUACAAAAUAAUGUUGUAUAUGUAGUGCUUACAUGAAUCAAGAUGUGCAUUUCAGUCUGGUAGGUGCCUAGCUGUUGAACCUGACUUCCAUCUGUUUUACCUCAUGUUCCAUUUCAGGGGCUGAAAGGUCUAAACUGAUUUAAGCUUCUCCUAAUAUUAGGAAUUUAAAAAGGUGCAAUAUAUUUUGUUUAUGUAUGUGUGUCUUUUUACAGAUUUGUAUCUUUCGCAUGUUGCUCACUUUUGUAUCAUGAUUUUGUAGGAUAUGUACAUUACGCCACAGUGAAUUUUUUUUUGUCUUCAUCUGUUAAAUAAAUAAGCCUUUUUGUAUUGA